CAUCACACAGGCCAGCCUUUGACACACGCAACACAACAGAGGGUCAAAGAAGGCGUCUUGGUGUGUGAGUGUGUGUGUGUGUGUGUGGCCGGGACGUAAUUAUUGUGUGGAAAACAAGGGAUUUACGUUAAUCUUUAUUGUGGUGGUGAUGAUGCGGGUGUGUGUGGAUGUAAUUAUUCAUGGGUCGUUAUAUAUUUGUAUUUAUAUCGCAGUUAGGUUUAUUAAAGUCAGAAGUGAUCAUUGUGAGCAUCGGUAUUACUAUUAUUUUUUAUAUCAUCGUUAGCAUUGUUGUUAUUAUCAUUAGUAUCAUUAUCACUGCAAUUGCCGGUAUUACUAUGAUAUCAUCAUUAUCAGUAUAUCAUUAAUACAAAUUCAUUAUCAGUAUCAUCGUUAUAAAGGAAUAUUCUUACAAUCACUUUAUUUUUUUCUUUGAAAUGGGGACAUGGGGUGCCAACAUAGCAGUGAAAUACGUACAAAAAAACAAUACAUAAAAACUGGGCGAAAGAAGAAAAGACGAAAAUAGAAGGAGACAUAAAAGAGGAAAAGAAAGGUCACGGUGAAAAUAAUGUCCUUGAAUUUGUCAUAUCGGCAUCUCGAGAUUUAUAUCGUUUUCAUUAUUUCUUUACAGAGAGCGGGGAAAUAAAGAAAGAUAUAUCUAUAUAUAUAAAACAAACUCAGUGAACAGGAAUUGAUGUGCCUUAAAUAGUGAUCUCCAGAAACGAAAGAAAGAAAAAUACUGACGAAAAAUAACAAAACAACUUUGACUUCCAGGUACACAUUUGCAACAUUUUUUUCUCCGUCCAUGACUUCCAAAGCAUAGUAUUGCAUCCUUCCAGUGAUUGAAAGAGAGAAAAAUAGACUGAGGAGAGACAGAGAGAAGAAUAAGAAAGAAGAGGGAAAAGAGAAUAAAAGGAAGGGAGAAAAGGGAAAAGAUAAAGAGAAGGCGAAAGAGAGAGCGAAAAGAUAUAUAAGAGAGAGAACUCAGAUAAAGAAAAGAAAAGAAAGAUCAAAGCUUGAAAAAAAUUGAACAUCGUUGCUCACAUUUUCUCUAAGAUCAGAUCGGACCUUAGAGGAUUCCGUAGCUUAAAAAUCAUUGGACUUAUAGCGUGACGUUGCGUGGUGCUGCGUUCCCACGGGGCUUGUAAUUGGCUCUCAGCUGGCACUGUUAACAAACCAGCUGGCGCCUUUACCAACCAAGAUGCGAUCGUCUUCUGGACCUUCUUCUGCCUCCGUUCCUUCGCAGAAGAAGUCUCUCCUGCAGGAGUGACAAGUAGCUGGAAAGGGACUCGCAUCCCUUCUUAUCGAUUCUCAUUUGUUUGCGGAUACUGAUCCAGGAAUUUAUCGCAAAGAAUCGUAUCGUCAGGGCUACCAACCUCACCGACCAUCAUGGCGGAAUUGAACCGGAGUUUGACAGCGAUGGACUGGCUUCCUCGCCUCAACGCCCGCGGUGCUCUGAGUGCGGGCGGGCUCUGGCUCGAGGGCGUGAAUGAUCCUCCAGAACUCGUGCAGGCUGACUCUUCCACCCCGCCCUCGCCGCCCACGAAUAGCAAGCCUCCAUAUAGUUACGCCAACCUGAUCACCCUCGCCAUUAACAGCAGUUCGAAGCGGAAGAUGACGCUGGCGGAAAUCUAUCAGUGGAUUAUUGAUAACUUCCCGUACUAUCGUCAGGCGUCGGCGGGCUGGAAGAACUCGGUGCGCCACAACCUCUCCCUGAACAAGUGCUUCAAGAAGGUUCCCCGGACGAAGGACGACCCGGGCAAGGGCUCCUACUGGGCCAUCGACGCCUCCUACACGGCCGAGGAGAGUCUCAGUAAGAAGAGGAAGCAGUCGUGUCCUAGGUUCAACCCGUACCUGACGUUCUGCAACAGCAACAGCAACAGCAACGACUCCUUGACGUUGGGCGGAAAAGCAGCUUCCGUACCCGUGUCGUCGGUGAGUGUGUCGACGGCGGCGGCAGCGGCGAUGGCAGCGGCGGCGGCGGCGGCGGCGGGUCCCGGGGGCGCCGACCUGCACCGGAGGACCAACACGGCGCUGAUCAGCCCUUGGAACAACUCGCUCGACCAGUGGCCGCAGUCGCAGAUCUGGAAUUCGGGAUCUGAAGGGCUGGUGCUGGACGGGCGACCCGGCGCUGCGGCGGCCGUGAACGUGACCGGGGCGAGCGCGGGCGUCGUGGGCGUGGGCGACGGCGACGUGCUGUGGCGGGACCCCGUGGACGGCAUCACCAUGAAGGACUGCGACCUCAACCUGCUCAACAACCUCACGCCGGAGCUCCUGCGGGAGUACGCCGACUUCCUCACCACCACGGCUAACUCGGCCACGCCCGCGAGUUGCGUGGGCCAGCCCUGCGGGCCGCACGCUACGCCCGUCAACCUCGCCGUCAAUGGCCUGCGCGGCGUCGCCCUGGACCCCGGCCCUGUCCCGCUGCCGCCCACGUCCGGAGAGACUAUUGAGACGCUCGUGGCGGACCCGCUGCUGGUGUCGAACGCCGUGCCGCCCGACGACGUCCUCCGCUCACCGCAGCAGGUGAGCAGCCCCGCCGAGCUCUCCCUGGACGGCAGCUUUAACCUGGGCGUGCAGGAGGAGUGCGGGGAGCGCGACGCCCCGCCCGUGUCCACCAUCAGCGAGUCGGUGAGCGCCGCCGGCCACGGCUCGGGCGGCACCGUCACCAUCAUGAGGAGAGAGCCCGCCCCGCUGAGCCCCCGGACGCUCUCGGAGCCCCUGGCGCGGCUCCUGGCGCCCCUCACGCCCCCGGGCCAGUCGAGGGCGUCGCUCGAGGCGGAGGGCCCCGCGGACGACGACGGGCUGGAAGGGGCGCUGGUGCGGGGCCUGGCGGAGGACAUGGAGGCCAUCCAGGUGGGCCUCAUCACGGGCUCGGGCGUCCACUCCGACGACGAGGAGAUCACCGACGACUUCAACUGGGACAAACUGCUCUAGCGCGGGUCUGACCUGGUCAGGCCUACA